AUGGGAAAGCCCAGAACAGGAGGCUCUGUGCGGGCUGGCGAAGGCUCCAACAGCCCUCAGAGAAGCACGGGGUCAGAAGACUCUGGACAGGACUCAGGACAGGACUCAGGACAGGACUCUGGACAGGACUCAGGACAGGACUCUGGACAGGACUCUGGACAGCACUCUGGACAGGACUCUGGACAGGACUCUGGACAGGACUCUGGGCAGGACUCUGGACAGGACUCUGGGCAGGACUCUGGACAGGACUCAGGACAGGACUCUGGACAGGACUCUGGACAGGACUCUGGACAGGACUCUGGACAGGACUCUGGACAGGACUCAGGACAGGACUCUGGACAGGACUCUGGACAGGACUCUGGACAGGACUCUGGACAGGACUCUGGACAGGACUCUGGACAGGACUCAGGACAGGACUCAGGACAGGACUCAGGACAGGACUCAGGACAGGACUCAGGACAGGACUCUGGACAGGACUCUGGACAGGACUCAGGACAGGACUCUGGACAGGACUCUGGACAGGACUCUGGACAGGACUCUGGGCAGGACUCUGGACAGGACUCAGGACAGGACUCUGGACAGGACUCAGGACAGGACUCAGGACAGGACUCAGGACAGGACUCAGGACAGGACUCAGGACAGGACUCAGGACAGGACUCAGGACAGGACUCAGUACACAGUCUGACGAGAAGAAAGGCCGGGAUCCUGCCCAGUCUGGAGGACCUGCUCUUCUACACCAUCGCUGAAGGACAGGAGAAGAUCCCCGCUCACAAGUUCACCACUGCUCUUAAAUCCACGGGGCUGCGGACCGGAGACCCCCGACUCAAAGAAUGUAUGGAGAUGCUCAAGCUGACGGUGAAGACCACGUCGGAUGGAACUCUGGACCGCCACCUCUUCAAGAAAUGUGUUCAGAGCAACAUUGUGCUGCUCACCCAAGCCUUUAGGAAGAAGUUUGUCAUUCCAGACUUCCUGCCUUUCUGUAACCACAUUGAUGAACUAUAUGACAACGCCAAAGCGAUGUCUGGAGGACAGGUGGCCGACUACAUCCCCCAGUUGGCCCGCUUCAGCUCGGACCUGUGGGCUGUGGCUCUGUGCACUGUGGACGGACAGAGACACACAGUUGGAGACACCAAAGUUCCCUUCUGUCUUCAGUCGUGUGUGAAGCCUCUGAAAUACGCCAUCGCCGUCCACGACCACGGCACAGAGUAUGUCCACCGCUUCAUCGGCAAAGAGCCCAGUGGUCUGCGCUUCAACAAGCUCUUCCUUGAUGAAGAUGACAAGCCACACAACCCGAUGGUUAAUGCUGGAGCUAUCGUCUGUACCUCUCUCAUUAAGCAAGGGGCCAGUAACGCUGAGAAGUUUGAUUAUGUUAUGAACUUCAUGAACAAACUGGCUGGAAACGAGUACGUGGGCUUCAGCAAUGCCACGGUCUGUGUGGGGUCUGUGUGGAGUCUGUGGAGUCUGUGUGGGGGUCUGUGUGGGGUCUGUGUGGAGUCUGUGGAGUCUGUGUGGGGUCUGUGUGGAGUCCGUGGGGUCUGUGUUGAGUCUGUGUUGAGUCUCUGUGGGGUCUGUGUGGAGUCUGUGUGGGGUCUGUGGAGUCUGUGUGGGGUCUGUGUGGGGUCUGUGGAGUCUGUGUGGGGUCUGUGUGGGGUCUGUGGGGUCUGUGGGGUCUGUGGGGUCUGUGUUGAGUCUGUGUUGAGUCUCUGUGGGGUCUGUGUGGAGUCUGUGUGGGGUCUGUGGAGUCUGUGUGGGGUCUGUGUGGGGUCUGUGUGGGGUCUGUGGGGUCUGUGUGGAGUCUGUGUGGGGUCUGUGUGGGGUCUGUGUGGGGUCUGUGGAGUCUGUGUGGGGUCUGUGUGGGGUCUGUGUGGAGUCUGUGGAGUCUGUGGUCUGUGUGGGGUCUGUGUGGAGUCUGUGGAGUCUGUGUGGGGUCUGUGUGGAGUCCGUGGGGUCUGUGUUGAGUCUGUGUUGAGUCUCUGUGGGGUCUGUGUGGAGUCUGUGUGGGGUCUGUGGAGUCUGUGUGGGGUCUGUGUGGGGUCUGUGGAGUCUGUGUGGGGUCUGUGUGGGGUCUGUGGGGUCUGUGGGGUCUGUGGGGUCUGUGUUGAGUCUGUGUUGAGUCUCUGUGGGGUCUGUGUGGAGUCUGUGUGGGGUCUGUGGAGUCUGUGUGGGGUCUGUGUGGGGUCUGUGUGGGGUCUGUGGGGUCUGUGUGGAGUCUGUGUGGGGUCUGUGUGGGGUCUGUGUGGGGUCUGUGUGGAGUCUGUGUGGGGUCUGUGUGGGGUCUGUGUGGAGUCUGUGUGGAGUCUGUGGGGUCUGUGGAGUCUGUGUGGGGUCUGUGUGGGGUCUGUGGAGUCUGUGUGGGGUCUGUGUGGGGUCUGUGUGGAGUCUGUGUGGGGUCUGUGUGGAGUCUGUGGAGUCUGUGUGGAGUCUGUGGAGUCUGUGUGGAGUCUGUGGAGUCUGUGUGGGGUCUGUGGAGUCUGUGUGGGGUCUGUGUGGGGUCUGUGGAGUCUGUGUGGGGUCUGUGUGGGGUUCCAGUCAGAGAGAGAGUCUGGAGACAGAAACUUUGCUAUCGGCUACUACCUGAAAGAGAAGAAGUGUUUUCCAGAGGGAACAGACAUGACAUCGAUUCUGGACUUCUAUUUCCAACUUUGCUCCAUCGAGGUGACCUGUGAGAGCGCUAGUGUCAUGGCCGCCACACUGGCCAACGGGGGCUUCUGUCCAAUCACAGGAGAGCGUGUGCUGAGCCCGGAGGCGGUGAGGAAUACUUUGAGCCUGAUGCAUUCCUGCGGCAUGUACGACUUCUCAGGGCAGUUUGCUUUUCACGUCGGGCUGCCGGCUAAAUCCGGGGUGGCUGGUGGCAUUCUGCUGGUAGUUCCAAACGUCAUGGGCAUCAUGUGCUGGUCUCCACCUCUGGACAAACUGGGCAAUAGUGUGAGAGGCAUCCAGUUCUGCACGGAUCUGGUGUCUCUCUGUAACUUCCAUAACUAUGACAAUCUGAGGCACUUUGCAAAGAAGCUGGAUCCUCGUCGAGAGGGAGGAGACCAGAGGGUGAAGUCUGUUAUAAACCUGCUGUUCGCUGCCUACACUGGGGAUGUGUCUGCUCUGAGAAGGUUUGCUCUGUCCUCCAUGGACAUGGAGCAGAGAGACUACGACUCCAGGACAGCUCUUCAUGUGGCUGCUGCUGAAGGUCAUGGAGAGGUUGUGCGCUUCCUGUUAGAGGCCUGUAAGGUCAACCCUGUGCCCAAAGACAGACACAGGCGGACCUCCCUCUGGCUCCUCCCUCUGGCUCCUCCCUCUGGCUCCUCACUCUGGCUCCUCACUCUGACUCCUCCCUCUGGCUCCUCACUCUGGCUCCUCACUCUGACUCCUCCCUCUGACUCCUCCCUCUGA